AUGCGCCUGCGUCAUUUCUGGAGCGACGCAACACUGGCUAGCUAGCUUGCCUGAGCUAGUGAGUGUCUAGACACUAAAGAGCAAUGGCUACCACGUAAACAAAUAAAAAUAAGUAAGGUGCGGACGGUGCACAGGAAAGAAAAAGGCGGAAAACUGUAAUUAUGGCGACCUGUGGCGGUAGCAGCGGCUUGGCGUCAAACAGUGACGUCCAAGACACACCGUCCAACUCGGCUCAAAGUGGAGCUUCAGUGGCGCUCUCCAAUGUGCCAAACUCCACUCUCGGCUCGUCCGCCUCUCCGCCUGUGCUCCCUCUUCACCGGGAGCCUGUUUACAACUGGCAGGCCACGAAGAGCUCACUGAAGGAGCGCUUCGCCUACCUCUUCAACAAUGAACUGCUCAGCGACAUCAGGUUUGUCGUUGGGAAGGGCAGACAGGCCCAGAGGAUACCGGCCCAUAAGUUUGUUUUGGCCGCUGGCAGUGCCGUGUUUGAUGCCAUGUUCAAUGGAGGGAUGGCCACGACCUCGACCGAAAUAGAACUGCCUGACGUGGAACCAGCAGCGUUUCUGUCUUUGCUCAGGUUCCUGUAUUCAGAUGAUGUUCACAUUGAUCCGGAGACUGUCAUGUCGGCUCUUAACACAGCAAAGAAAUACGCAGUCCCGGCGCUGGCGAGUCACUGUGUGGAGUUUGUUACCAAGCACCUCAGAGCCGAAAAUGCAUUCAUGCUCCUCACACAGGCAAGGAUAUAUGAUGACCCUCAGAUUUCCAGCCUCUGUUUAGACACAAUAGACAAAAGUACUGCAGAGGCAGUAAAUGCAGACGGCUUCACUGAUAUAGACCUUGACACUCUAUGUGCAGUGCUAGAAAGAGACACGCUCAGCAUCAGGGAGAACCGUCUUUUUGGGGCAGUGGUACGUUGGGCUGAAGCUGAGUGUUGCAGACAACAGCUUCCGCCCACUGCAGAGAAUAAACAGAAGGUUCUUGGAAAAGCCCUCCCGCUCAUCCGCUUCCCACUCAUGAGUGUUGAGAAGCUCCCUGCGGGGCCUGUCCAGUCUGGAAAUAUUUUCGAUCAGGAGGUGGUAAAUCUGUUUUUACACUUUACAGUAAACCCAAAACCACGGGCCAGCAACAUUGACAGGCCCCGUUGCUGCCUCCGAGGAGAGGAAUGCAGCAUUAAUAGAUUCCAGCAGGUGGAGAGUCGAUGGGGGUAUAGUGGUACCAGCGACAGAAUCAGAUUCAACGUCAGCAGACGAAUAUCCAUAGUGGGUUUUGGUCUGUAUGGAUCCAUCCAUGGACACACAGACUAUCAGGUCAACAUACAGAUCAUGGAGAGCGACAAACACCUCACUCUCGGACAGAAUGACACAGGAUUUAGUUGUGACGGCACGUCAAACACGUUCAGAGUAAUGUUCACAGAACCUGUAGAAAUCCUCCCUAAUGUCAGCUACACUGCCUGUGCAACCUUAAAGGGGCCAGACUCUCACUAUGGCACGAAGGGGUUAAAGAAAGUCACCCAGGAGUCAGUCGCAGGGACCAAGACAACAUUUGUCUUUUUCAAAUCCCCUGGAAACAAUAAUGGUACUUCAGUGGAGGACGGACAGAUACCAGAGAUCAUCUACUACAGAUUGGACUAGGCUGAAGCUGGGGCACUUUACUUGACAAGGAAUGAACAGAGUGGCAGCUUGUUGUGUAUAUGGUAAAUGCACAAGGAUUGUUAAAGAUGCAGAGUUGUAAAAAAAAUGAUGCUUCAACUUUAUCAGGUGUAAAUAUGUAAAUGUAUGAAGCAAAGCAAAUUUCUUCCAGAAGGACAAUCAGGAUUUGAGGAUUGGCUGGAGGCAAAUGACCGAAUGUACCGAGCUGCCGGUGUUUCUGUAAGUCUACCUGUUGUCAUUAAUAACAUUUACAUCUUUACCGAAGCAUUUAUUCAAGUACAGUAACGGCAAGUUAUGCAUUUUUGCUGUACAUUAACAAAUCACUUCAGCAGCUGUCAGUAUGCAUACUUUUUCAGUCAUUGUAGACGAUCACAUGGUACCUGUUUGGUUCACAUACCGUUUGUCUGCUUGGAACACUGAAAUUAAAAUAACUCCCUAGGAUUGUGUAUGAUUUGGAGAA